GCAGCCUCCAGGCUGGUGGGGCAGUGGUGGUCCAGGGCAGGAUGCUGGGGCACAGCCCUGGGCUGUGGCAGAGGGUGGCUCGGCUGGUCCUGUGCCCUGCCAGAGCUGCUGGCAGCAAAGCAAAGAACGCCCAGGACACGGCUUUGCAGACAGCUGAUCCAGGUAAAGAAGUUUUCAGGAAUGAGAGAAGGCCUACAAAUUUUGAUAAAAAGGUGCUAGUAUGGUCAGGACGUUUUAAAAAGGAGGAGGACAUUCCCAGGCACAUAUCGUCUGAUGUCCUCAACACUGCAAGGAACAUUGUCAGGAUAAAGGUUUGCUACAUCAUGAUUGCACUGUCUGUGCUGGGCUGUGUGACCAUGGUCAUCACAGGCAAAGAAGCUGUGAAGAAGGAUCAGACACUGCUGAGGGUGAAUGCAGAAAAGAAGGCCAAGUGGAGGGCUGAAGUGAGGAAAGGUCAGGAGGCAGCUGUUGGGAAGUCACAAUGAUUUGGAACAGAUUUAUUUUAACAGAAGGAGAUAAAUGAUUUGCACAUGUGGCGUAUGGACCUGUCUUUGUAUAACUGUUAAGAGCUUUUUCACUGAAACUUUCAGAGCAAAGAUUUCACUGCUUAAAAACUGCUCCAUGCAAACUGGGAACCCUCUAUGAAAACUCCAACUGCUUUCUCUGGCUUUUGGUCUUUGGCAUCAGGCCCAGCUCAGAAACAAAUUCUCUUUAAAACUGGAAAGUGUGGAAAGGACAAAUGCAGGACUCCCCAGCUCAUGGUGCUGCUGGUGCUCAGGUCUCCUCACAGUCAGGAAGGACAUGGCCCUACAUCAGAGAGCAUCACGUUCUGUGCAAUGCCUCCAGGGCAAACAGCCUUGGCAAAAGUGACCCAGAGCAGGGGGAAAAGCAGUCUGAAAUAUGUUUUGCAAUUACAAAGAUGUCAAUUAUCUCUCUGUCUGAGCCUUCUGCCAUCACUAACCCCUCUCCCUUCCACCAGCACCUUGUGGGAUGCUGUGGCCAGCAGACAGGGGGGACAUGAGCAUGAAGAGGGUCUGGGAAGAUAGAAGAGUGUGAGCAGACCCUGAUGGUUGAUUUGGGCCAAAAGGGGCUUUGGGCCAGAGCAGAUGGUGGGGGUGUGGUUCCUGUGGGGCAGCUCAGGGAAUCCAUGCCUGAGCCUGGAGACAUCUCUUGUCCUAUAGCACCUCACUGGUUUUUCCCUUUCAUCUUCUACUUUCACUCAUUGUCAUGAAAGUUGUCUAGCACUUGCUUAGCUGUGAUUUUAGUCCAGAAUAAUUGUUAA